AUUUAAGCGCGCGUCGCCCGGAUUGUUCCCAAGACGUCAAAAGAUUCAGAUAUGCAACUAGCUAGAGGCCAAUCCUUACUCCCUAAGACUUCUGCGAAAAACAGCAACAGAAUGACUCUCAACGUGGGCGGUGUCAGAUAUGAGACGUAUCGAUCUACACUUAAAACGAUACCCGAUACACGGCUUGCUUGGGUUACGGAUACAUCUGUCAAUAGCCCUGAUUACGAUCCGGCCACAGGAGAAUAUUUCUUUGAUCGACAUCCGGGAAUUUUCAACAUGAUAUUAAAUUACUACAGGACCGGAAAACUACACGCUCCAACUCACGUUUGUGGACCUCUUUUUGAAGAAGAGCUCGCCUUCUGGGGCAUAGAUGAAAAGCAGAUUGAACCUUGCUGUUGGCCAAACUACAGAGCACACAGAGAUGCCCAGGAAACACUGGCAGAGUUCGACAAAGACAAUACAAACGACGAAGACUGUGGCGAGAGUCACGAAGAGGAGAUGGCCAGAAGAUUUGGCUUGGUUCAGCAAGUGACCAUCAAGAAGUCUUGGUUUGAGCGAUUGCAUGGUCAGUGGCAUGAAAGAUGGCGACCCAAAGUGUGGGCGUUGCUAGAGGAUCCAGCAUCUUCAAUGGCUGCCAAGGUUGUCACAGCCGUGACGUCAGUAUUUGUCUUUCUAGCAAUCGUCACCUUCUGUGCAGAGACUCACCCAUUCUUUCGUUACGUCAAGCAUAACGUGAGCCUGUCCAAUGUGACGUCAGUGAAAGAUGCCCAGAGACUUACCGAGCCCUACAUGUUCCUAAAGGUGUCUGAGGGCACGUGUAUGGUCUACUUCACAUUAGAUAUCCUGAUCAGACUUUUAGUCUGUCCAGACAAAGUCAAGUACAUUUUACAAACUCAAACUGUUCUGGACAUCUUGUCGGUGCUGCCAUUUUACAUCAGACAGAUCGUUGUGGCAGUAGACUCAGAUCUUGAUACUUCAGAUGGACUUUACUUUUUCAACUCUGUCAGGCUAAUUAUGAUACUGAGAGUAUUAAGGUUGACUCGUCAUUUUAGUGGAUUUAAAAUUCUGGGGCAUACAAUAAAAGCCAGUGCUAAAGAAUUGUUGUUGAUGAUUUUACUUUUGUCUAUUGGAGUACUGACGUUCUCGUGUCUGGUCUACUAUGCUGAGCAAGUGGUAGAAGAGCCAGCCAAUGACUUCAAGAAUAUUCCACGUGGUUUUUGGUGGGCGGUGGUAACCAUGACAACGCUUGGUUACGGUGAUAUGUAUCCCAGGACAACAUUGGGCUACAUCGUCGGCGCCGGGUGCGCUCUGUGUGGGCUUCUCAUGCUGGCCUUGCCGGUCCCUGUCGUGGUCAACAACUUUACUCUCUACUAUUCACACGCCCAGGCCAAACUGAAACUGCCCAAGAAAACAAGAAAAACUUUGGUUGGUGCAGCUGAUGCUCUAAAGACGUCGUCUGCUGACCCCGAGAGUUGUUUCCCAUCUUCCAUGGGCAGCGACUCGUCUCUAAAAUCAACAAAGAACGAUAAACCAACGCGAAGAAACAGCGUCUGCCCUGGAGGCAAUGACCGAAGUCCGAGUACAGACAGUGGAUAUCGGCAAGAUAGCCUUCAGGAAGUGUACACAGGCAUUAGCGUUAUCUAUACUGAUGAAUGUGACGAUGUCAGAUACACAGCAUCUCAGAAAUAUUUACGUUCGCAUAGCGUCAAAGACUUCAAAAAUGUCGCAUCUGUCACGACAGACAAAGUUAUUUCUCGUGACAAACUCUUUUCGAGGGACGAUAAUUACAACAAAGAUGGAGACGAAUCAACCUUCCACGAGAAACCAAUCAAGGAUAUUCAGAACAUUGCAAAACGACGUCGAUCGCUUUUACCAGCAUAUAUGGCAGAAAUAGAUAUCUGAACAUCCUGGUAGUCUCAACGUGGAGAUGAGAGAAACGAUUUGAAAUGACAUUUUUUUUAUGCUCAAUUCUUUUUUUUUUAAAUACAUGUACUUGAAUACCUUUGGCACAGUUGUCGUUCUUUAAGAUUAGCUCACACAUAUCUUUGAGAAUUGUUGCCAUUUGCAAUAUAUACAUAUCCAUUAAUAUUUAAGUCUAUAAAGUCAUUAUGUUGAUGCAA